AUGUCUACACAACAGCCUCUCCGCCUGGGAUGGAUAGGCCUAGGAUCCAUGGGUCUAGCCAUGGCAAUCAACAUACAGAAACAUCUGUCACAGAACAAUCUACCACCACUGAAGUACUGGAACCGAACUCUCUCACGAGGUGACAGCCUGAAAGACAUCGGAGGCACGCCCUGUUCGGGGGUCACAGAAUUGGUUCAAAACUGCGAUGUGAUAUUCGUUUCCGUAAGCGACGACAGAGCCGACAAAAUCAUCACAUCCACCAUCUUGUCCUGCAUCCUAUCCAGCGACCUAUCCAAGAGCCCCCUAACCACCAAGACCAUAAUCGACACAACAACCGUCCACCCCUCCACCACAUCAAUGAAUGCCGCCCACUGCACCUCCACAGGCGCAUACUACAUCGCGGCCCCCGUCUUCGGCGCCACACCCCUCGCCCAAGCCGGACGACUCCUAAUCGCCGUUGCGGGCCCCCCAUCUGCCAUCACCCCCAUCCUGCCUUUCCUGGAGAACGUGAUCGCACGCGCGGUGAUCAGAGUGGGUGAAGAACCAUCACAGGCGCUAUUACUAAAAACAACAAGCAAUUUCAUAACCGCAGGUCUCAUGCUGCUCCUUAGUGAAGCCCACGUUCUAGCUGAAAAAACCGGGCUGCCUGCUUCUGUCCUCGAAACCCUGAUUGGAGAAAACUUCGGUGGCUACGCACAUGGCGUUUCGAAACGGUUGACGAGUGGGAGUUACUUUCCGCCGGAAGGCCAGGCACCUUCUUCGGGGUUGGAGCUGGGGAUUAAGGAUGUGGGUCAUGGGGUUAGUCUUGCGAGGGAGAACGGGAUGAGGUUGGGGAUCGGAGAGAUGUAUCUUGAGGCUGCGGAGGAGGCGAGGGUUUAUGGGGAGGAGAGGGGGAGGAGGUGCGAUAGUAGUGCUGUUUUUGGGACUGUGAGAAGGAGAGCUGGUUUGGAGUUCGAGACUGAAGUGGUUAGGGAGAGGGAUGCUAACGCAAAGGAGAGAGAUUAA